AUGGACUCUGCCACACUGGAGGGUUCAUUGGCCGAGACUACCGAUAUUAAGAAUGUAAAGUCCAGCAACUCGGAACUGCAGGUCUUCGUCUCCAUAGGCGGCUGGACAUUCUCAGACAACGACACAGCGACGCAGCCGUUAUUUCCCGCAAUUAAGUUUACGGAUAACCUCGUGUCUUUCAUGGCCCGAUACGGGUUUGACGGGGUCGAUCUUGACUGGAAAUACCCCGGGGCCCCGAGCCGUGGUGGUUUAGAGCAGAAGGACGUGGCCAACUAUCCCUUGCUUCUCCAGACGCUUCGCACCACGUUUGAAUCCUCAGCCCGCGGGAGCUACGGCUUGAUAUUCACCAUAUCAGCCUCUAUUGGUAUCUCAAGUAGUGAGUGUUACUGUCUCUGUCAGCUGCCACCAGCACCUCCAUGGAGGGUCCACUACCAGGGGGUUUGGGAUGAGCAUAACCCCAUCGGCUCCAUUGUCCAGAGCCACACCAACUUCACCGAGAUCAAAUUGGCGGCCGACCUGCUCUGGCGGAACAAGGUGCCGCCCGGAAAGCUUGUGCUUAGAGUCGGCUUCUACAGUCGAUCGUUUGGGCUCAGAGACCCGGAAUGCAGCAGUCCGGGGUGUAGGUUCAAAGGCCCGGCCAAGGCGGGAGAUUGCACCAAUCCGGCAGGGGCUUUCCCCCGCUGUUUUGACGACGCCCUGGUUGCGUAUGUACAGUGGAUGGAACGCACCGGCAUGCCCGCCACGAGAGAGCAACUUGAAGCUGUUGCAAAUGCAAUAAGAAUGCGUCGAGAUCCCAAUGCCCGCCCGGUCUCGUCAAGUUGGCUUGACAAUUGGCGUGGAAGUCAUCCUGCGAUCGCGAAGACGUAUCUCAAAGCAGUUGAACGAGCCCGGAAGUCCUUUGAAGCCCACGGGGUAGAAGAAGUCGAAUUUUUCUACUCAAAGCUUCGAGAAAUCAUCACCAGCUACCGUAUUGGCAGUUCAGAGAUCUGGAAUGAAGACGAGGCCGGAAUACGCAUUGGGUGCCUGCGAGAACGCAUCCAAGUUCUCAUCACGCGCACCACUAGAGUCAAGAGCACCCGGCCCUGA